CGUCACUCUGGGCCUGAAGCGCGUGCGGCCUCCUGGAUCCUCCGAGCAGCCGCGCGGGGCUUGCUGGGAACAAAAGCCAGGAUGGAUCUUCAAACAUGGCAUUUGAGAGCUUCAAAGUUGGCUUUAGCCUUGGCAAUCAUCCGCUCCAAGCCAGUGGACAGAAGUGGCAGAGAACACGCGGAGUACCUUGCAGCACUGGUAUCUGAGCAGGAUUCAAACUGCAGAUCCAAAGUUGCUGCCUUGGAAGCUGAAGUUCUGCGGUUGCGUCAAGAAGUUCUUCUGAGGAGGAUCAGUUCAGGUUGGUCUAAGAGUGGAAAACUAACUUCCCAGGAACUUAAAAAUCCUGAAAAUGCGUUAACUCAUACGGAAGAUUCUGGGUAUGAUUUAUCAAGUGAGUGGGAAACAGAUCUUUCAGAGUUAUCCCAGCACUUUGUGGAGAGCUACAGUUCCCCAUCCCGUCUACCACUGCCUCUUGUGAAAAAGCUCCAGGCUACUCCAGAAAGUCCUCUGUCAUCUCACAUGAAAUUUUUGCAACAUCUGCUUACACUGAAGAAUGUGACUGAAUCAGGUAGUCUGGUGUUCACAGACUUGGCCUGUUCUGAAGAGGACUCUUCCAUCGUCUCUGAUUCUGUUUCUCAGAUGCUUGACGGCCUGAUCGUAUUUUACCGUGACCGCAAACUUCCUUUUUCAAAGUUUUGGACAGAAGCUGUUGACACUUUAGCAAGACUCAUCAAUGACUGUAACUUCUCGAACCACAUUUUGAAAACAUGUUCUAAGAAGUUGGAAGAAUUUGAAAAUACCCUACUACAGGUUCUUAUAGGAAGAAGCCAUAUAAACCGAUUCCAGGAGCAGCACUGUGUCUCUCAGCACCUGGUAACCCUGGGAAGUUGCAGCUUGUUGAGAAAGUCCAUCAUAUCUCUACUUCUGUCUGAAAUAAACUGCUUUGCUGACCAUCUGAGAGCCAUCGAUCAGGUACAAGCGAGUUAUGAUGUGACCCGCUAUGAGAAUGUUCUCUCCCUGUUGUGGGUUUUGGAACAGAUUCUUCAGAAAGAAAACAAAGAAGAGAGCACUGCAAGCAUGGGGCAUGAUGACCACGAAAUCAAGAAGUACCUUCAGGAGCACGAGGAAGCAGCCUUUCAGCUUUCUGAUACAUUUCCAUUAUUUGCUUUUUACUUAUGGAGACUGGGUAUUCUCUUAAACUCAGUAGGGACAAAAACUGUCAAUAGUGACUCGCUUUCUCAGAGUUUUACCCUGUCUUAGAAGAUCUCAUUCUUAAUUUUUCUCAAGAAUAUUUUAAAUGAGCAUUGUUAAAUUGAUCUCUAAUUACAGGCAAUAAUUCAAUUUAUUGGUUAGUCUGAAAUUAUGUAAAAAGCAUUAUGGAUCUUUUCUGUAUGGAUCAGUUAUAGCCAAGGAUUCUUUCCGUAUUCCUGUGUAACUGUUCCUUGCAAAAUGUGAUUCGGCACAGUGAAGAUCUUCCACUAGAGCACACACUUCAGUUGUGAGAAAUUUCCAUAUGAGGUAACAAUUUUAAAAUUUUAUCAACACUAAGUGUUGGUUACAAAUGCAGGUUGUAAAACAUUCUCUUAUAUAACUGCACUGAGAUCAUAUUCAUCUCAGGGAAUAUUAGGUAGAAGGUAAAAAGGUUUUAAUAUUUGGAAACCUAAUGGAUGUAGUUUCAUAUAAACAAUAUACUUGUCUUGUCUUUGCUUAAAGUGUUCAGUGUUGUUUUUCACCAAAUAUUUAGGAGCUGUAGUAGCACAGCGUGUUAACACGCAGUACUCAGGCAACAAAGAUUUGCUCUGGUUCUAUUGAUUUAAAUAUGUUAUAAUAGCCAUAAAAAUGUAAUAUAAUUAAACAUUAGGACUACUAGCACUGUCCAGAAAUUCAUUUCAUACUCAUUAAAAAUAUUAUU